AUGUCUACCUGCGUAAAAACUUGCAACUUAUCUGCUGUGUUGGCACAUUGUCCGUGCGAUCAAUGCCAAUACAAGACCCACCAGUUCUCCAGCAACUUCGUCAACAGAACCAACAUUGCAGCAGUAAAUGUUCCAACCAGCCAGCCAACCCAUCCUCAUCAGUUUCAUCAUCUUCGUCGUCCUCACCUUCCACACUCGCCUCCACACGCUGGUUUCAACCGGUGUCCAUUCCAGCUGACCUCACCAACAACAACACAGCUGAAAGACAAUCAAUUACAAGAACAGUUUAUGCGUCGGAGCGUGGACGACAAUUCUAAUCUCCAAUUUAUGUCCAAUAACAACAGCAGCUCGACCGCAGACUGCAAUCCAAUUUUCACGACUGCAACAACAAACGCAACCACAUCAUCCUCUGCACGGCCACCCAAACAAAACAACUCCAGAAACAGCGCAAAAAAAGAUAAUGGCGAUCAGGCUAAAGCUCAAUCUUUCAAAGAAAUAACAACAAAAUGGCCCCACUUAAUAAGAUCGCCAAUAAACAUCAAGAAGAACAAAAUGCAUGAACGCCUAUCCUUAAAGAGCGACACAAGCAACUACAAAUGCAACAACAACAACGUGAGUGUUAAACAACAAAACAAUUAUAAUGCUUUCAUAACGACAUCAACUACAACUGUCAGCGACAAAACUAACGCUUCAAACUACACAGACGACAUCAACAGCAAAUUCAAAAUGUUCAAAAAGUCUAAAAACGAUUCUUGGUUUUCCGACGAAAAACCGUCAGAAGCUCAGUUGGAUCAUUACCACGUGCUCACCAACAGGUCUGCCAACGUGGCUGAUCUGCAAAGCAAAUGUCCUGAAGCCACUCGGAGUUUUGAGGAAAAUAAAAAUACUCUCCUGAAAAGAAUGAACAAGUUGGAGAUUUCGAAAUCUGUUGAUGUCAACUUGUUGCGUGACAUUGAGGUGGAAACAUCCGGAAAGGAGAGGCUGACAAUUCCCUCUCCACGACUAACUCAACAGCUCGCACAGGUUCACUGGCAUCAGCAACAUCACAGUAGCAACAACGAUAAUGAUAAUAAAUUAUUUGCUCAACAAAAUCAAAACGAUUCCCACUCUAUAUUGCAACAUCUACAACGAGCGCAACAACCACAACAAAAAUCUCCAUUACUACAACGGCAACAUUCGUUAUUUGUUCAACAACCAGAUUCAACAACUUCGUCAUCAGCAACAGCAGCACAAAUGGCUUCAUCGCACUCACCACAUGAUCUGCACAACUGUGAUGUCUGGGAUACAAAUAAUUCGACAUUUUGCGAUAAAAAAACGGCUAUCUUACAACAUUUUACAAACCCGUAUCAUCCACAGCAACAGCAGCAGCAACAACAGCAGCAACAGCAGCAGCUGCAACAGCAGCAGCUGCUGCCACAAAAAGCGCUUUUGCCAUCCGUUUUAACACCACAGUAUUUGUUUCAUCAACAGAUUCAACAACUCAAGCAGAAGCAGCAACAUCACAGUACAUCAACAACAGCAGCGUCUCAGCAGCAUCAACAAUUAUUUCAAAAGCCACUGCAAAACCAGCCUCAACAAAAUCAAAACAUAUCACAAUAUAGACAGCCACAACAACAGCAACUAAAUCAACAACAUCAACAACAACAACAACAUUAUCAGAGCCACAAACAUUUCAUGUACACAACUCAAUGGAGACUUCCUUCAUGCGAUCAACUUCCACCCACCGUCAACGAAGAAUCCUUAUUAGCGGAUGUUGAUGAACGGCAUGCGGCGGAUAUUCCCGAGGCACAUCCCUCUACAUCAAUUUCUUCUUCCCCUCCUCUUCCUCCUUCUCUUCCUCUUCUUCCAAAUCAUCCUACUCAAGUUGUUGACACGCCAUCGACCGACUUGGCAUCAUCUCCACUUGAUUUCAACUGCUCUUCCUGUAUGAUGGAAAAAAUAACAGCCGAUCUGGCUAGGAAGUGGGAAUAUUUUUAA